AUGAUCGGGUACUUGACGCUGCCCACGUUCCCGUCGGUACUUGAAGAAGAUCAUCUGCUGCAGCUCGAAGUCCCUUUUGGAAUGCCAUUCACUUUAGAAUCAACGAAGCACAACAGCGACCCUCAUUACCAUAAACGAGGGAUGCUGACGUUGGAGAUGCAAUUUCUGCGUAGCGAACAACCCAAAAUGGUUUCGUCAACCUCACAAGAAGUUUAUGAAUUGGUGAUCCAUCGAGUGCGGGGGAAUCUACAGGCCUCAAGUUCUACUCAACACUCUUCUGGCUUAUCCAAACAUGUAGUUAUUGACGUCAGUAUCAUGGUGGAUCGAGAUGAGUCAGCAGAGGAACUUGCAGUAGGAGCAACAGACGUUAUCUCGAUCUCUCCGUCCGGCCUAACGGAAGUGGGAGUGGCUGUCGACCUUAGCAACCCAAUAGUUGCAGCCACACUCUCGACUAGCACAAAUAUUAUAGUGGUCGGACGAAUCCGUGACUUGAUAGGAAACAAUUACGGCCGUGUUCAUCUUCCUCUACGAAAAGAUUGGAAAGAAAGGCUGGUGAACCGGAAGAAGCCUGCGACGCAGUUUUGA